GCAGUUGAUGCCUAUUUUGAGAACUGUACGUUCGAACGAAGUCUUGAAGCUUUAGCAUCUAAUCCUAACCAAGAAGCUGAACAGAUCACCGCCGAAACUUCACCCUUUGAGUGUCUUUGUGACGACGAAUCGGAACAGUGCAGUCCUUCUGCAGCGCGUGAACACCCAGACGAAGUUGCAAUCAUCGACAACAGUCCACCUCGCAAAAUGAGUGCCGGUGAACCAAAAAAAUUUGCCACUCUGUUCGAUAACGCAGAAUCGAAAAAUGAUGACAACGAGAUGAAUAAUAGGCAGGCAUUCUACGUUGGUGGAGGCGACAAGAGCGGCCAAGAAGUGUUGGGACCCGAACGUCCGCCAGCGAAUGCGGUAGAGAACUUCUUUCGCAGGGCGAGAAAUUUAGGUGCCCAAGAAUUUGAGCCGAGUUCUUCUCAGGAAGAACACGUCACUUCGCACCCGUCGUUCACUGGCAUCGGUCACAAGCUGGACGGAUCUGUAGUGAGCCAGGAGAAUAAAGCAGAAGACAAGGCACGACCGGUGGAGACUGUUCGACUGCAGAUGUGGCGUAACGGCUUCAGCAUCAAUGAUGAACAGUUACGUCCUUACGACGGUCGCGAAAAUAAGCAGUUUUUGGAAGAAGUGAUGAAGGGAGUCAUUCCUAGUGAGCUCGUUCGAAGAUAUCCUGGAGCAGAGAUAUCUUUAGAAAUGGAAAAUCGCCACCAAGAAGAUUAUGAGGAGACUGAAGAGCAACAACACAAGGUGAUUCCUUUCUCUGGUCAGGGUUUCGUUUUGGGAAAUCCCUGUCCGUCAGUUACCGGUGCAGGGGAAAUUGGUGUCAAACUGAGUCCAAAAGCGCCUGCAAAAUCUGGCGCCGAACCACCAAAAAUUGUCCUGGAUCCAGGCGUACCGACAACCAAUGUCACCGUUCGACUUGUUGAUGGCAGUCGUCUAGUAUUACAU